GCUUGAUGUACAGGUCAUCAUGUGCAAGUCAUCAUGUCGACCGCCAUUUUGAUGUUAUUGCUGCGUGCAGGCCCCCUUUUUUUGUCUGUCUUUCUUCGUAUUAAUUUUGUCUGUUAUUGCUGCGUGCAGGUCAUCAUGUCCAGCCGUAAGUAUGAAGCCAGCCUUGUCAAGCGCCAUUUUGAUGUCCUUGGCCCCGCGGGCAUGGAUCCUUUGAAGGGGGGAAAGUGGAGGGUCUGCCAUUACUGCGAUCUAAAAUUUUCGGGCAAUCUCAAUCACCUGAAGGAACAUUUCACAAAGGGGAUUUGUGCACUUGAGAAAUCAACGAAACCAUUGACCGCAGAGGAAAUCUUGAGAAGGAAGGAAGGAUUGCGGCAGGCAAGGACAGACUCGGGCAUUGCGAGGGACGGUGCCAAUGCCCUACCUACUGUCACCAAUUUGGCGGCUGCUUCUACGGGCGGGGGUUUGGUCGAAGGGGUGGGUGACGCUUGUGGCAAAGCUGCGGGCGUCGCUUGUGGCGAAGAGGUGGGUUGCAGCGGGCCAGGUAUCACGGUGCAGCGCACAGGUGCAUCUGCUGCACCUGCUGCACGGAUGCGACAGAUGUUGUUGGAGGAGACCGACAGCGUCGUCACAAAGAAUGAGCAGACGUCAAGAAGGGUAGACCGCUGGAUGACGUGCACGAACCAACCAUUCAACAUGGUUGAGAACGAGUUCUUCAACCACAUGGUGGACGCCAUACGAGAGGCCCACCCGUCAUGGAGACUGCACUCGAGAGAGGCGGCGCGCAAUGGCCGAUUAAACGGACAGCACCAGAGGGCGAUCGAGGACGUUGGGAGAUUGGCGAAGAAGUGGGAUCGCACCCGCUGUAUGGUGCAAGUAGAUGGGUGGUCUGACCGGCGGGGRAGACCACACGUAAACGUCAUGGUGUCCUCUCCCAUCGGCACCGUCUUUUGGAAGUCGGUGUGCGUAGCGGGAAAGGACAAAGACGCUUGUGCAUACUACAGAAUACUCUCCACUGCGAUUGAGGAGAUUGGCCCAAGAAGCGUGGUCGGGGUGAUCAUGGAUAAUGCCCGCGUUUGUGUGAAGGCCGGGAAGUCGGUGGAGAAAAAAUACCCAUGGAUAUUCCGGGUGGGUUGCACGGCGCAUGCCCUUGACCUCGCGUUGGAGGACAUGGACAAGCGCAUUCCGUGGUUUGCGGAGACUGUGAAGAGGGGGAAUGUGUUGGGGAAGUUCGUGAUGAACCACGACAAGGUUCGAGCACUCUUCCUGACCAAAUCGGGUGGUGCCGAGAUUAAGAGGCCAGGCGUCACUCGAUUCGCGACCAACAUCAUCAUGUUGCAGUCGCUGUGGGACAGGGCAAAUGCCCUGAAAUUGACUCUGGCUGCCAGCGGGUGGGUCUCCUCCCUGGUGCCGCCCCACCUGCGUUCUCAAUUCGAGGAGGUGACGGCAACUAUCUUGGAUGGCGGCUUUUGGGAGCGGGUGGACAAGGCCUUGAGGACCACGGAGCCCAUCGUCAAGCUACUGAAGCUCGCCGAUGGUCCGGGGGCAACAAUCGCCAAGGUUUAUCAUCAAAUGGAUGGUGUGGUGGAGUCGAUUCGCAAGCUGGACAUCUUGGCAGACUUCGAGAAGGCAGAGGUCGAGUCGAUCCUCAUGGAUCGAUGGGCAUCGUCGGGCUCCUUCAAAGACACUGAGAUCCGAGCCGGGUUCAACAUAUGGUUGUAUACCUGGUGCACAGACAAGAUGUUCGAUGAUGUGAGCUGGCAGGUUGACGAGUGGGUGCACUUGAAGGGGGCCUUGCAAUCAGAGGAAGCUUUGCGCGCAGCACACACCAAGAACCCGGCGAUGUGGUGGGAUGCGUUUGCAUCGCGGCUUCAUCUUUUGCACCCCCAAGCGAUCAGACUGUUGGGCCAGGCAAGCUCAUCCGCGGCAUGCGAACGCAACUGGAGUCUGCAUGAGCUCAUUUUUGGCAGGAGGAGGACGAGGAUUCUGCCCACCCGCCUAUCAAAGCUCGUCUACAACAAUUGGAACCUCCACCUGYAGUGGAGGCAAGAGCGCGGCCGUGGUGUGGAUGAUGUCCACAUUCCGUGGGUGGAGGAAAUGCCGGACGCCGAGUUGAAGGAGGAGGCAGAGCAGUUCUACAAUGAUUGGGUGAAAUGRGUGAAGAACAGCAUGCCGAGUGGCGAGAAUGACACGUCGGACGAKGAAGGCGAGUUGGAGGACGACGACGAUGGYGAGGAAGUGCCUAUGGCAAGGAGGUGGUUGCGCAAUGACGAGGUGGACAAUGCAAUGGACCAGGAGGAGGGCCUUGCGCACAUAGAUAAGUACACGAACGACUGGCACUUCAACACUCGACCGGGGAGGCAGCUGGAGCGUGCCUUGCGGAGGUUGUCAGGCCAUGAGCGCCCAGCACCUGAAGUGCAAUAUAACAAGGAGGACCGGGAGCUUGCGCUGCGGGCUCGAGAGACGGGUGAUUGGGUGGAGGGUCGAAAGGAAGGCGGAAGCAGCAGGCAAUGUAAAGUGUGGCGCUGUGAUGAGGGUCGUCGUCACGGUAAACGUGCUGCGGAGGAGGUCAUUGAACCUCCGAGGAAACGGAAGAGAGGACGGCCGACCAACAAAGAGGCCGCAGCAAGAAAAGCAGCAAUGCGAGCGGAGAAGAAAAAGGCAGCGUUGGAAGCAUCGAGAAAAAAAAAAUCCAAGGGAAAGAAAAAAGCAGCAGCAAAAGCAAGAAAGACGGACGACAUCAUCGACGAUGACGGCACAGAACGUCUUCAGCUUCAUCAGAGGAAGGGGAUGAUGAAGGUCAUGAUGCCAACGACGGAGAACCGCGGAGUGUAGAGGAGGGAACUGAGCACGAGGAGGAGGAAGAGGAAGGCGAGGAGGAAGAGGAAGAGGAAGAGGGUGAGACUUUUGCACGGGGAGGUGCAGAGGAUUAGGAAAUUUAGGCGGAGUUGAUGCCGCUGACUGCAAAGUUUGCGGUUUCGCGGUUUAUCUUUCGCUGUUUGGUUGCACUUGGAACGAAGUAAGAACUGUGAACUACAACUUCUAGAGGUUGUAGUUCAUCUUCUCAUUAUCAGUUAAGUAACUUAAGUAAGUCUUUAAGUUAGCAUUUUGUCC